AUGAGAGGCGCUCCGCCUUCUUGCCUGAUGGGAGGCACUCCGUCUCUAGCCCGCCGAGCAAUGCUCGAGCCUUGCCCAAAGGCGGAAGGCGUGAAUCAUUCCCCAGAGGGAGGACCGCUCGGAGGUGGGAAGAAUUCCCCGGAGGGAGCAUCGCUCGGAGGCGGAGUCUUCGAGCCUAACCCGGAGGUCGGAGGCGUGAGUCAUUCCCCAGAGGGAGGACCGUUCGGAGGCGGGAAGAAUUCCCCGGAGGGAGCAUCGCUCGGAGGCGGAGUCUUCGAGUCUAACCCGGAGGUCGGAGGCGUGAGUUAUUCCCAGAGGGAGGACCGCUCGGAGGCGGGAAGCAUUCCCCGGAGGGAGCAUCGCCCGGAGGCGGUAAGCAUUCUCCGGAGAGAGCAUCGCUCGGAGGCGGGAAUCUUCGAGCCUAGCCUGGAGGCAUGA